UACUAUUUAUCGGUAGUAAUCGACAAAUGAUUUCAUUGGAAUAAGCCCCCAAAGUCCAGGAAUAGUAAGAAAACAUGGUUAUCCUGACAAAAAUGAGUUUUUCAUGAAUGGUGACUACUUCUGCUCAGUUCUACUUCUUCUCUGGUAUCAUGGAGUGUUCUUCAAAUGUUUCUAAGGUUAUAGGCAAUUGCUCUUUUCGAGGACUUCGCCGUAGUGAUAGGGUGAAGUUAAUCAAGCGCUCCUUCUCACCUGAUAACUCCCCUGCAUCUGAAAAAUCUGCUUACGAUGUGGGCAGGCGUAUGAGAAGUGGCCAGAGUCCUGUACCUGUUGCAUCUGAUGGACAUAAUAUACCAGUGUCUGCGAGAAGGAACCGCAAGUCUGCCCGUGGUAAACCAUUCUCGUGUGCCGUGUGCAAGUCGCCUCACGUGUGUAAACCUAGUCGCCGAAAGAAUCUUAACUACGUGCCAGCGCCUCGCCUCUGGACCAAUCCUAUUACAUUGAAAGUGCUCACACUAUGUAAUGCAUGCGGAAUUACGUUCAAUACUCAGGCAAAAGCCCAAGGUCAGGCAGAGACAAAACGCAGAGCACGACUAGUGAAUGCACAAGAUAGGAGUAAUUUCAGGGAAGAGGCACAGAACUUUGGCAAGGCUUUGUCAGAGAAACUACAAGACAGCGAUUCAAUUAACCUGUACUGUUCGCGUUUCACCUGUCGAUGCAUACAGCGCCAUCUGUUAGGUGGAAAAGACAAUAUUAAUGGACCUUUUGAUGAGCAGCUCUUGAUGAGACAAUCUUCAAGAUUACUACGCGUUAUGAAACAAGCCAAGCAGUUGAAGAUGGAGAAAUGCUACAACCCUCAAGAAGUACAGAAUCAUCGCAAAAAGAACAUUGGCAUCGGAAACGGUCAACGGCGAAGUGAGAACUACGAGCAGUUUGUGUAUCAAAGCCGCAGUUACCUGAAGACUGACGUUAAGCUGUGUGAGCAGGGUGUGCAGAAAGUUCUUCUCUACUCAAACAACUUUCUCCAUAAGCGUCUCCGAACUGAGAAUGCUUCUCGUUCUGAGCGAUUCAAUGGUAAAAAACCAUCUCAGUUUCUUCCUAUCGAUGAACUACCGCAUCACCGCUGUUGCCUUGACAACUGUGUAAACCUUGCAACGACCCAUGGAAGUCUGCUGCAGCAGUGGAGGGACAGAGCGGUGCAGGGUAUAGCGGAGCGGCGGCAGGUUAUUGCCGAGAUGCUGACACCAUCAGGUGGAGGCAGGUCAAACUGUUACUCGUUCAUUCAGCUGGUGACAGGAAGCAGCAAGGGAGCAAUAUCGAGAGUCAGCAUCAACACUAACAUGGCUGGCGGCGCUCGCGUCCUAUACGCACAUGGACUAAAGGGGAAAUCGAAGAAAAGAGUGCAAGAGGAGACUGUGGCAGACAGUGAUAGCAGCCUAGACACAAAUGUACCACAGCUGGAGGAAGGCGAGGAAAAUUCCGUGGAUGCUGAUAGCCAGGGUGAAGCAACAGAUGUGGCAGAACCUCUGCAGAGACAGGAAUCUGCAGCUACUCUUGAUAUCCUGCCCCAGUUGAAUGUCAUACCAAUACCUGCCAAAGAUGUCGAAUCCGAUCCAGUACAGAAACUUGUAAACCUCCAGGCAGAGAGACAAGAACUAGAGCAACAGCUGCAGAAUGUAGUGCAACAACAGCAGCAGUGCCACCAGCAGCUUCUCCAUCUUGCCAUACAGCAGCAGUUAGAACAGCAGCAGCAGCAGCAGCAGCAGCAGCCACCACAGCAGAUGGAUGAUCAACAAGGGAUACCUGCUCUCAGCAAGCAGCACAUAGUUCACCAACCGAGCACACCUCAGUUGUCUAUGCAGCAGCAGUACCAGCCAGCUUUCCAGCAGGUGGCACCCCAACUGCAAGCGCGUAGUGUCCAAGGAGCACCACAGUCUUCGUCUUACUGCCAGCCAAUGUUGAACACUAUGUGCACGCAAUCCGGGUCUCAGGUGGCUGCCUUGCCUGGAAUGAGGAUGUUUACUACACAGCCAGCUUCACAGCAGGCCACUAUCCACCAUUAUCCACAGGCUGUGCCAUUAUUAGCUCAGGAGCGUCUACAGACGUGGCAACUGCAUCCUAACAUUCAGCAGCAGCAGCAGCCUCAGCAGCAGGAGCAGCCACAGCAACAACAGCAACAACAGCAAGAGCAGCAAGGACAGGAGCUACAUGUUCCUACACAAAUAGAGCCCCAGACCCAGACCCAGAGACAACCCAUGAUUAAACAAGGCACUGUUCAUAAACGAGCGAGGAAACGGAACAAAAGUUCCCAGCAGAACCAGAGCAUUCAACAGUUGUUGCAACAAAUCAUGGCCCUUAAUGCAGCUAUUGAUGGGCAAGACCCAGCUGAGCCUGAGUCCGCUGUACAAGAAGGCAUUGGUAAUGGCGAUUCUUCCCACAAACCAGUCACCAGCAGCAUGCAGCCAUCUUAUUCAGCAACCCCGCACACGUGCGGUGAUACGGGCCGGCGGACAACAGUGACAGCCCACCGGGAUGGCUGUAAUGACAGUGCCGACGCGAAUCACAUCAGUGUAUUCGACGAUCAAACUUUGUCCGGUCGGGUGUCAACUGAGCGGAUGACCGGGAUCUGCGGAAGUCCUGGCACGGCUCAGCCUGGUAGCCAGCUGCCACUCCAGGCUCAGUCAGGCACCCAGAGCCUGUCACAACCUCGAGGUACUUCGGGAAACGUGUUGAUGCCAGGUCACGGUGUGCUGGGUGCUCAGCAGCAAGUCUUUAGUCCGGGCUGCAGAGCUGCGUGGAACCAGGAUUCGACCAGUGGCUCGUUUCAUGCGGGCAUGCUGUCGUCUGUCAAACAGCUGAACGAUUGCAGCAUCGUGAUUUCGACAGUGCAAAACACGGCGUCGAAUCCCGCUAUUAAUAUCCUUCACAGUGAAAACUCCCAGUAUGCUUUUGGAUUCCCUGAUCAUGGUGCAAGCAAUCAGCCAAGCUCACUAGAGGGAGCCAGCAGAACUAAUUUCUUGUCGUGGAAUGCUGAUACCAGCAAUGAUGCCGCGAAGCAACAUCUAGGCAUACAAACACAGACACGGUCAGAUGGCACGGUAACUCUCUCAGUGCCAAUUAACACUGCCGGAACUGUAGAUCUCAGCAAUAUGGUGGAAGCACUAAUGUCUGCUGCCAAUGCUCUAAGAGUCACACAUAGUGAAAUCCCAGGCAAUACACAAUAGCAGAAAUUUAUAUGUAGAGAUGUCGAUAGUGAAAUGUCGGUGUCAAGAGUUGUUUGCAAUAUAUGGGUUUUCCUGCCAAUAGCCGCAAUGAUUUUAAAAACAUCCAUCACAUAGAUCAUGUCUCAUAUCACUCUAGUCAUGUAUUCCUAAUAAUCUUCACCAAUGGAUGCAAUGCAAAAUGUUUAACCCAAUUGCCCACACUUUAUCGAGCCCAGUGUAUAUCUGUAACUGAUCAUUUUAUUUGUUAGAAACAAAUAAUACACCAUGAUGAUAAUAAGUUUAUAAGCAGUUAGAAACGUCAGCACACCGAUGCUAAUAAUUCUUAAUUUAUCUUGAGACAUAUAGAUCAGUACCCAUUAUUGGUAACAGGGUGCGAACUUAACCUUCUUUGUCUGGUAGUCGUCUUAUAAUAUAUUACUAACCCGACCAGGCUGUGUGACUAACGUCAAUAUACAAAUUUUAACCCUA